AUGGUCACUCAAAACCCGACCACCCCGCUGCAGAUAGCAGUAACGAGACUUUCCCCUGUACCUCUGGAGCUCCACCAGAGCUUGGAUAACCUUCAAAGCCAACCUGCUCUGUGUUUGUCACCAUUCCUGUCAUCGAAGGAAUCCCAAUUUUUCAUGCAUGUUUUCAGUAUUGAAACUGCCCCUCGUCUUUUUCCCACGGCUUCCCCAUUAUUUUUGCAGAGGUUGAUUACAGGUGCCUUGGAGACACCCCAUCUUCUCUAUGCUAUCUUGGCGUCGGCUUGCAGCCAUCACAGUCGUCUCAUCAAAGAUGGCGGGGCCGAUUCUAAAUUGGCCUGCUUGAAAUUUACCAACCUCUCCAUAUCCAGCCUGCGCUCUGCGCUCAGCGAUCGGAAUGCGGCAUUGACCGCCGAGACGGUCACUACUGCAAUGGCUUUAUGCACCAAUGAUGUUUGCAACGGGAACAUGCAGACCUGGAGAACCCAUCUCGGCGGGGUGAUGCGUCUGUUUGCUGCAUUCUUGGACAGCCGGGGUCAACUUCGUAUUGAUGACCCUUAUGUCCAAUGUCUGGUGAAGUGGUUUACGACUAUGGACGUGAUUGCUGGACUGUCCGGAUUGAGUGAGAGUGGAGUCCUGAGCUCUGAAAAUGGGUUGCUGGACAGAACCUUUACUCAAUUGGAUGGGGAUAGUAUUGAUGACAUUUGUGGAUACUCCCUUAAACUGGCCCCGCUGCUUGCGCGAUUGUCUCAAUUGGUGCAGCAUCAACAUCAAAACCCACCCGAGAUAUCCAGUACAAUGAUCGCCGAAUCGCGUGUGCUCGAGCUCGAGAUCCUUUCUCUAAUCGAUUGCAGUAUGCCCGAGGAUCUACAUCACCCUGAGUUGCAAAGCACUCAUUUAGCCUUUGUUCAUUCUGCUCUGUUGCAUCUUCACAGACGCGUCCAAUUGAUCCCUAAAUGCGAUGCAAUUGUGAAGACGGAUCUCUCAAAUAUCAUAAAAGCCGUUCGGAAUAUUGCGCCUUUCUCGUUUGCCAACAUCUUGAUUCUGUGGCCAAUUUUCAGUGCCGGCUCUGAGACCGAUGACAUUGCGGAGCGUGAGUUCAUCCACAACCGAAUGUGCGAUAUGCAAACCCACGGCCUUGGCAACUUCGCAAGGGCCCGACAGCUAUUGAACAAAUUCUGGGAUGCAAAUACGCCAAUGCCUUGGGAUGGUUACUUUGCGAAUCUUGGUAUGGAAUUGGUUCUAUUCUAG